AUGGCGCCUAAAAAAGAUUAUAAGCCUGAACAAAUGGCUCACGCCAUUGAGGCAGUGCGAAAGGAAGGACAAUCAGUAUCUGCAGCAGCUAAGCGAUUUGGAGUGCCGAGAAUUACUCUCCACAAUAAAAUCUCCGGUAAGAGCCCCAUGGUAUGCACUAUGGGGCCUAGUACAGUCUUGACAACAGUAGAAGAAGAUUUGCUUGUGAAAUGGGCAAUAGCAAGUGCCGAAAGACGAUUUCCUAUCACUAGAGAACAACUUUUAGAUAGCGUCCAGCGAAUAGUUACGGUGCAACGUAAAUCUACUCCUUUUACAGCAAACAGGCCAGGGAAGAAAUGGUUUUCUUCUUUUAUUAAAAGACAUCCGAUAUUAGCAGAAAGAACGGCCGAAAACCUCAGUGCAGCACGCAAUGAAGUGACAGAAGAGCAAAUAAACAACUGGUUCAAAGAAGUGGAUGAAUAUUUGGCCGAAAAGGGAUUGCUUGAAGCUCUGAAAGAGCCAAGCCGAGUUUUUAAUGCAGAUGAGAGCGCCUUUUUUCUUGCGCCAAAACCUGGACGAGUGCUUGUUAGACGAGGGGAAAAGCAUGUUUAUGCGGCAAGUGGCGAUGAAAAAGAAAAUUUAACCGUCUUGUUGACUGCAAAUGCUGCGGGUACACUAGCACCACCCAUGAUUGUUUUCGCCUAUGAUCGAGUCCCGGACAGAAUUUCUAGCAGUGUGCCAGGAGAAUGGGGCAUAGGAAAGUCGGAGACCGGUUGGAUGACUGGUGAGACCUUCUACGAGUUUGUGACUACAAUUUUUAAUCCUUGGCUGAUUGUAAAAGGCAUCCAGAAACCAAUUUUGUUUUUUGUGGAUGGUCAUAGAUCGCAUCUUACACUUCAUCUGUCCAAGUUCUGCUCUGAAAAUGACAUAGAAAUUAUAGCCUUGUACCCUAACUCGACCCACAUUCUGCAGCCUAUGGACAUAUCUCUUUUCAGACCGCUGAAAGUAUAUUAUCGUAAAGCAGUUAUCCAGUGGAAAAUGGAAAAUUCGGGAAACAAGUUGAAAAAGGAAAACUUUGCUCCCGUCUUUCAAAAAGCGUUAAAGAAUAUAACGACGGACUGCAUUAAAAAUGGAUUUAGGGGCGGUGGUCUGCAUCCAUAUGGUCCACAAUAUAUUGAUAUGUCAAAACUCACAAAGCGGAAUACUGUUUCUGAUCUAGCAAAUGAAAACCAAAAUGAAGAAAGAAGCCAUUUUUUACAAUUUUUAGAAACCGAAAUUACAAAACAUUUUGGUCAAGAAAAGUUAGACCUAUUUAACAGUCUUUAUUAUGAAGGAAGAAAUGUUCUCGAAAACAUGGCAUUAGAUGAAGAUUUGAAUCUCUAUAUAGUGUGGGCACACAACAAGCAAAUGUCAAUUUCGCUAGAAUCUAAUUCCGCACCUGCUGCAUUAAAUAGGGAAUCUUCACCGACUUCAGAUAACGUAUUAUAUAAUAACAUGUGUAUUAUGCAAGAAAAUGUUAUGCCAACAGACUUCGAUGACAACGGCAAAGUAAGCAGUGCACUUGAUCUCAUAGCACCGUCAACCAGUGCACUAGAUGGUGUCUCUGAAACAGUGGCAUUCAUACCAACGCCAAAUACGCCAUCAAAAGUUGAUGAAGCCAUAUCUGAUGCGAAAUCCCAUAAUGAUACAACAAGCGAUAUUCUGGGUAGCACAGUGCCAUCAGUGUCAGAAAUGCCGUCUCAAGAGACUGAAAAAAUACCUAUCGAAGACACAAGGGUAACGAUAGGUAGUACAGUGACUUCUUCAAUCGAAAUUACAACGUCAGAUACGUUAGCCAGGGUUGAUGGAUCCCUUUCUUUGGCUGCAAAAACUCCUGCAAAAAACACAAUAAGUAAUGCGCUAGGUGUCACAGUUCCAUCGCCAUUCAAAAAAUGUCUUUUCUGGCCUGACAAUGAAAGUACUAAGAAAACUAAGAAGAAAAAAGAAAAAUUACCAUCAGCUGUAACGAGCAAAGCAUGGCAAGAAUACCAUGAAAAAAAAGCCGCCGAAAAAAAAAGAAUUUUAGAAGAAAAGGAAUUGAAAGCUAAGCAGAGAAUCGAGAAAAAAAAAUAUCAAAGAAAAACUUGCCAAGGAAAAGAAGGGUAA